CACCUCUUUCCUUGAGCAUUCGCUAGGUGAGGCGCUCCCUAGGACGGACUCGCUCUACUCAUGAACCUGUACCAGCAGCAGAAUCAUUUUCUGGAAAUAGACAAGAAGAACUGCUGUGUGUUUCGGGACGACUUCAUUGCCAAUGUGCUGCCGCCGGUGCUGGGGCUGGAGUUUGUGUUCGGGCUCCUGGGCAAUGGCCUUGCCCUGUGGAUUUUCUGCUUCCACCUCAAGUCCUGGAAAUCCAGCCGGAUCUUCCUGUUCAACUUGGCCGUGGCUGACUUUCUCCUGAUCAUCUGCCUGCCGUUCUUGACGGACAACUAUGUGAGGAAGUGGGACUGGAGGUUUGGGGACAUCCCUUGCCGGCUGAUGCUCUUCAUGUUGGCCAUGAACCGCCAGGGCAGCAUCAUCUUCCUCACCGUGGUGGCCGUGGACAGGUAUUUCCGGGUGGUCCAUCCCCACCAUGCUCUGAACAAGAUCUCCAAUCGGACAGCGGCCAUCAUCUCCUGCCUCCUGUGGGGGGUCACCAUUGGCCUGACGGGCCACCUCCUGCACAAAAAGAUGGUCAGGAAUCGAGAUGCGAAUUUGUGCAGCAGCUUUAGCAUCUGCCAUACCUUCCGGUGGCACGAUGCCAUGUUCCUCCUGGAGUUUGUCUUGCCCCUGGGCAUCAUCCUGUUCUGCUCGGCCAGAAUCAUCUGGAGCCUGCGCCAGCGACAAAUGGACAGACACGCCAAGAUCAAGAGGGCCAUCAACUUCAUCAUGGUGGUGACCAUUGUCUUCAUCAUCUGCUUCCUGCCCAGCGUGGCUGUGCGCAUACGCAUUUUCUGGCUCUUGCACACCAAGGGUACGAAGAACUGUGAUGUCUAUCGCUCAGUUGACCUGGCGUUUUUCAUCACCCUCAGCUUCACCUACAUGAACAGCAUGCUGGACCCUUUGGUGUACUACUUCUCCAGCCCGUCUUUUCCCAACUUCUUCUCCACCCUGAUUAACCGCUGUCUGCAGAAGAAGACACCACAAGAGCCAGAUAAUAACCAGAGCACAAGCAUGGAGCUCACGGGGGAUCUCAGUACGACGAGGAGUGUUCCAGACACUUUAAUGGCCAAGUCCAGUGAGCCAUGGAACCCAUCUUAUCUGACCCCAGCUUCUCGCUAAAUAGUAAAGCCAAGAAAAGAGACUGUCACCGAGAACCAAUGUCUCUGGAGAAAUGGGUGGCUGGGUGCACAGAAUACCGUCAUUAGACUUGGCCUGUGGUUUCCUGGCACUUCCAGAUUCAGAGAAUCAGACUUAGAGAAGUGGUGUGGGCAGAGUGGGCUGGCGCCUGGUUGCAGAGCGCUGGCAGAGGAAUCUUGGAAAGGAGAGCAAAGCUUCUGAAACUUCUGCUUGCUCUCGGACGCUCACAGGACUGAAGACAGCAAAAUUGUCCACACCUUCUGCCAAGUAGAUUUGAAGCCACAGAGAUGUGCAUCAGCACCUGUGAUUCACUGACCUCUUUCCCUCACCUGCCUGAGACAUGGAUGGUUCUCAGCUCCUGGCAGGGGAUGGGUAUCUAGCCUGUAGGUGGACUCCAGCUGGUGAGACCAGCUAAGUGACUGGAGGGGAGUUAUUGCCCCUGAAGGGAGGCCAGGCAUCAUUAAAGUAGCCAGAAGGUCACUUACAUUCCAAGGGACCGAUUCAUCUUUCAGCCAAGCUUUAGCGGAAAAGCACCAGGCAAAGAGACUCACAAAUUUUGGUUAAUAUCUGAGUUUCCAGUAGUGGGAAGAAAGGGAUUAGCCAGGGCAGGACUGAGCAAAGCAGUCUUACUAAGAAAAAGGAAAGGCAUGUGUGCUACGAUGCAUUCCUCUCUUCCUGACACUAGUGUGAAGGCUGAGCAGUUAGAGACUUCCGGAGAAGAAAGCUGCUCCCCACCUCUGUUUGCUUUUGUCAUUAAAAGGGAGAUGCUGUCCAGUGGUUAGAGGGAGAAGGUGCCUCUGGUUCGUUUGCUCGUGUUUGUGUCCUGAUGGGAAAUCUACCACUUCAAUAAACUUGGAUAUGAGACA